AAUAUUCAAGAUUCCGCAUUAAAAAACUCCUCUCAGGUCUUCUCUGCGUGUUCAAAAAACUCUUCCACAGCAACUCAACAAUGGCAGUUUUCAACAUCUCUUCCUCACCUGUCACAACCCCAUUGGAGAGAGAGGGAGACAUCACCAACAACAAAACUCCAAAACCCAUUUCACCAGAUGUCCCCACUUACGCUCUCGACACCCCACAAUGCUCUUCAACACCUCCGUCACAUCCAAAUCCCCAAAAGGCCGAGACCCACCUCGAGAAUCACGCCGAGAAUGGCCCUGGCGACGCCGCCGGCGAGGUUCGGGUUCAAAAACUUGAUGGAGACGAGGAUGGUGAACAUUCAGAGGGCGGAGAGCAGGGCUCUGAACGUGCCGUUGAUCGCGCCGUUCACGAUCGCGACGUCGAGGCUCGAGAAGGUCGAGAACGUUGCGGUUCGGAUCGAGCUGAGCAGUGGAUCCGUGGGGUGGGGUGAAGUUCCGAUUUUGCCCUUCGUGACGGCGGAGGAUCAGCCCACCGCCAUGGCCAAGGCGAGGGAGGCUUGCCAGAUGCUGCGGCAGAGCCCGGAGAUGACGCUCGGAGCGGCCUUGGAGGUGAUCGCCGGGAUUCUUCCUGGCCAUGACUUGGUUUCUGUUAGAGCUGGAGUAGAGAUGGCACUGAUUGAUGCAGUUGCGAGUGAUAUCGGCAUCCCACUGUGGAGACUGUUCGGUGGAGUUUCAAAUACCAUAACCACUGAUAUCACAAUUCCAAUUGUUUCCCCCGUUGAAGCUGCUGACUUGGCUUUAAAGUACCACAAACAAGGAUUUGGGACUCUCAAACUUAAGGUGGGAAAGAAUCUAAAGGCAGAUAUAGAAGUUCUUCAGGCCAUACGUGCAGUGCAUCCUGAUUGCUUGUUUAUCUUGGAUGCUAAUGAAGGAUACAGACCCAACGAAGCUGUUGAAGUUCUUGAAAAAUUACAUGAAAUGGGAGUUACUCCUGUUCUGUUGGAACAACCGGUUCAUAGAGAUGAUUGGGAAGGCCUCGGAUUUGUUAGUCGUAUUGCUAGAGAUAAGUAUGGGGUAUCAGUUGCAGCAGACGAGAGCUGCCGAAGUGUAGCUGAUGUUGAGAAAAUAAUUGAGGGGAAUCUCGCUGAUGUCAUAAACAUUAAGCUUGCCAAAGUUGGGGUUGUUGGAGCCCUUGAAAUCAUUGAGAUAGCCAAGGCAUCGGGACUGAAGUUGAUGAUUGGGGGUAUGGUCGAGACAAGACUAGCCAUGGGCUUUGCUGGCCAUCUUGCUGCUGGACUUGGGUGUUUUCAGUUCAUUGAUCUAGACACACCUCUGCUGCUAUCGGAAGACCCCGUUUAUGGAGGUUAUAAAGUUUCGGGUGCUGUUUAUGAGUUCACAAAUGCUAGAGGCCAUGGCGGGUUUCUUCACUGGGAUGAUCUUGCUUAAAUGAAGAUCCGCAAGCAACCUCAACUCUUCGUAAAUUCGUGUCUGCAAUAACAUUGAAUGGCCUCAGAUUACAGGCACGGUUAACAAUCAGAUGAAUAAGCCAGGAAGACGGCCUAUGCGGGGAUAAAUGUUUUUACAGGUCCACAAGUUGGAUAAAAUUGAAAUAAUAGAAUGUAAAUUAUUCACUCGUUCGUCUGUAUCUUGUGCCAUAAAACUUCUACUUAGCCUGGUUUUGUGUUCCUUGAUUGUCAAAGUAGGCAUCACACUUGACUAUCCAUGUUAUGAAUUAUGAAUAACAAUUGCUUUGAAGUUGUGAGAAAAUAUUGGAUGGUAG